GCCCACCCACCUAGAUCCCGCCCCUCGCCUAGGCCCCGCCCACUCAGCGGCUCGGCGUGCACCGAAGAUGGCGGCUGCAGCGGCAAGGUUGCUCCGGGCCUCGGUUGCUCGACAUGUGAGCACAAUUUCUCGGGGCAUUUCUGCCUCUGCAGCCCUUAGACCUGUUGCUUCUAGAGGAACACACUUGAUGAAGAUACUGUGGUCUGGGUCUCCUCAAGCCAAAUUCACCUUCAGCACCAGUUCCUGGUGCCACGCUCCUGCCGUCACCCAGCACGCACCCGCUUUUAAGGGCACAGCUGUUGUCAAUGGAGAAUUCAAAGAGCUAAGCCUAGAGGACUUUAAGGGGAAAUAUUUGGUGCUUUUCUUCUAUCCUUUGGAUUUCACCUUUGUGUGUCCUACAGAAAUUGUUGCUUUCAGUGACAAAGCCAAUGAGUUUCACGAUGUGAACUGUGAAAUUGUUGCAGUGUCAGUGGAUUCCCACUUCACUCAUCUGGCCUGGAUCAAUACACCGAGGAAGAACGGCGGUUUGGGCCACAUGAAUAUAGCGCUUUUGUCGGAUUUAACUAAACAAAUUUCCCGGGACUACGGUGUGCUGUUGGAAGGUUCUGGUAUUGCACUCAGAGGUCUCUUUAUAAUCGACCCCAAUGGAGUCAUCAAGCAUCUGAGUGUCAAUGAUCUGCCAGUGGGCCGAAGUGUGGAAGAGACCCUCCGCCUGGUGAAGGCAUUCCAGUUUGUGGAGACUCACGGAGAAGUCUGCCCAGCGAACUGGACACCAGAUUCUCCUACAAUCAAGCCAAAUCCGACGGCUUCCAAAGAGUACUUCCAGAAGGUCCAUCAGUAGGCACAGGUGCACCUCCAGCUUCUCCAGCCAGACAAGAGCCACAACCAGGCGCCCUUAGGCAUUUCAAAGAUGAUUAUGUAUAGAAGGCAAAAGCCCAAGUAUGCUUCACUUACAAAUGGUACUCUUACACUUACAAAUGCUCUGUUUCUGGGACACCAGCUAAAGCUUUAUAAAGGCAGUGAGUUGCUAACCUCCAGAGUCCUUCCUUACUGGGGGCAUCUCAGCAGCUAGCAAAGUUGUACAAAGCCUGCUUCCCCGCUGUUAGACCAUGUCCUCAGUCAGUAGAGAAGGCGCUCUUCUUUCUUACCCUUCCUUGACUGUUGCUGACACCAAAGUAUUACCUUAUUCAUUGAAAGCUUCUGAUCAAGAGUCCUGAAAUUUUCUUCUUGAAUUUCUUCAUAUUUUUAAACUGAACUUGCUUUUAAGAUGACAAAGAUUAUAGUUUUAUGUUGUUAGCAUUUGAUAUGGAUGUAUAUGUAAUGAAAAUGAAUGUGAAUCAUGUUAUUAAAAAACACAGUGGCAGAGUUACUUACCUGAUCAUGCAUGAUACCCAUCCCUGAGAUUUAUACAUUUACAGUAGUUAUUUUACUCAUUUCAUGCAUGAGCUGGCUUCGUGUCUACCUGUAUUCCUAGAUAUAGAUUAGGUAUAAUUAUAAAAUUUAGCUUCUUAGUUCAAUGUGAUUGCAUUUUUAAAUCUGUAUAAUUUCUUUCUUGAAGUGCUUAGUGUAAAAUAUAAGAAUAAACAUUUUAAACUGUU